AUAGAACAGUACAAAGCAGAAAUCAAGAAACUUCAAGCAUCUGAGGCAGAGAUUAAAGCAUUAUCAGUUAAUUAUGCAGCUCUGUUAAAAGAAAAAGAGGAUCACAUUGUUAAAUUGAAUAAAGAAAAUGGCUCACUAAAGCAGAAUUUAGAGGCUACAAAUGCUGCUCUGCGUGUCUCCAGAAUUGAAGGUUCUGGAGUAUCUACAAAUGGAACUUUAUACAGUCAAGGGAAGUACAGAUCAAAAUCUGAUGCUAUUCAAAGUGAGAUGGAAUUCAAACAUUCAAAUGUUACAAGGAAAUUCGCAAAGAAAUCAAUGGAAGUGAACAAAAUACACAACGAGUUGAAUGAACAAGUAUCAGAAAUAAAGCAUCUACAAUUAGAGUUGACAAAACGGGAAAAUGAAGCAGGGGAGGCUGUGGAUAGCUUAAAAAGAUUUAUCAAAACUUUAGAGAAGGAAAACACCACUCUUAAGAUGGAAAAAAAUGAAAUUGAGGCUGCUCUUGAAAAUAGCAGGAAGUUUUUCACAGAUAAAAUGAUGCGUGAUGCUUCACAUACUCAGGAAAAAGAUUCAAGCAGUGUCAGUGAUGAUAUGCCAGAUAACUCCAAAAGUUUUCCAGAAAAGGAAGAAAUGGAAAGAUCAUUAGACAAGCUAAGCAAAGAUUUGAAUGAAGCCCAGCGGGACAGGGACAAAGCAGUACAAGAAUUGAACCGUCUCAAACAACAUUUACUGGAAAAGGCAUCUGAGGAAUCAGAUAAAAUGGAUGAAGACAGCAAAAUCAUUGAAGAGCUACGUGAUAGCAAUACUUAUUUAACAGCUCAAGUAUCUCAUCUCGAGAGAACUCUGAAGCAAGCACUUGCAAGUCAAGAGGAACUGAAGAUGGCUAACAAUAGUGAAAUUCUCAAGUCUAGAGAAGUCAUUAAUGACCUGAACAUGAAGCUUACAAACUGUAUGAGCACUAUAGAUGCUAAAAAUAUUGAACUUUUAAAUCUACAGACAGCUCUAGGGCAGUACUAUGCUGAAAUUGAAUCCAAGGAGCAUUUAGAAAGGGAGUUGGCUCAUGCAAGAGAGGAAAUUGCCAAGCUUUCUCAACUUUUGAAAGUAAGACUCUUUCUGUCUCUAAAUAUCUGAAUGUGCUCUUGUUACUACUUUGAGAAGCAAACUGUAUAAACUAUUUGAGGGAAGAGAAAACCAGAUUAUAUGAUUUAGUGCAGAUAAGAAACUAUUUAUACUGCACAUAGUUUGAACUUUAACUAACCUAACUACAUUGCCUACUCAGCAUAACUGAGUCUGGUAUCCGUUUCAGUUUA